AUGGUUCAGAUACGUGAUCCAAAUACUUGUGCAAAUUUCAAUGAAAUUACUAUAGAAAAUAUUAAUUUUGAUUGGUUUGUUGAUUUUGAAAGGACAAGAAUUGUUGGUGCAGCAAUAUUAAAUUAUAGAGUUUUGAAGGAUACCGACAAAAUUAUUCUUGAUAUUAGCGAUCAAACUAUUUGUUCAAUUAAAUUGAAUGGGAAAAAAUGUAAGGCUCGAAGUGGAGAAAUUCCACUUGUUGGAAAAUAUUUAUUGAUAGAUGGGCAAUUUAGUUCCGGGCAGAAAGGCAAAAUCGAAUUUCAAUAUUCAACUUCAAGUUCAGCUUCAGCUCUUCAAUUUGUAGAAUCAUCGUUAACAGCAGACCGUACACAUCCAUUUUUAUACAGUCAAUGCCAACAAAUACAUGCUAAAUCACUCGUUCCAUGCAUGGAUACACCAGCAGUUAAACAAACAUAUACAGCUAAUAUAACUGUUCCAAAAGGGAUGCAAUGUUUAAUGAGUGCCGUUUUGUUAGAAGAUGAGGGAAGUCCAAUAAAUAAUCGAGAAAUAAAUGGAAGUGAACAAUUUGUUCAAUUUAAUUUUUUACAGAAAGUACCAAUUCCCUCGUAUUUAUUUGCUAUAGUUGUUGGCGCUUUAGUCAAACGUGAUAUAAGUAAAAGAUGUGCUGUAUGGGCAGAACCUUCAAUGGUGGAUAUUGCUCAUAAAGAAUUUGAGGAGACAAAAAAAUGUUGGAAAUUGCAACAGAAUUAA